AUGCACUCCUUCAAGAGAUUCUCCGACUUGCCGGCUGAGCUCCGUGUCAGCAUCUGGCGCCUCAGUCGCCAACCCCGUGUCGUCGAGGUCUGGUAUGAUGCCGACGCCGACUGCUGUCACACCACAGCACGCCCGCCCGCUUUGCUGCACGUCAACCGCGAGGCCCGUGCCGAGGCCCUGCACCAGGACUGGUAUCGCCGUGCCUUUCGCACGAGCUCCCACCCCCGGGACCACUACAUCUAUUUCUCGCCCACCUUUGACGUCCUCUACCUGCCACGACAUGGCCUCAUGGGCUACGACGACACCGCCCGUGAUUUCACUCUCCACGUCCGUGACACCGCCGAGCACGUGCGGGCGCUGGCCAUUGAUCAUGUGCGCACCGAUACCAUCCGGCCCUGGGAGCCGUAUAACAAGCUGAUGCUCCUGCUCAGCUUCCCGCAUGUGCAAGAGGCAAUGCUGGUUGUAGGCUCGCCGCCUUCACAAUCCCCAGUUGGGCGAUUGCAUGACCGGAAGACCCUGCGUCGCCGUUCUUACGAGUCGAUCGAAAGCAGUUCCUCGUCAUCUUCUUCUUCCUCCUCCUCUUCUUCAUGUUUACCAGCGCCGUCUCCCUCAUCAGUAUCAACACCCUCAAAAGGUGACGUCGUGCUGGUCGACCCCCAGGGCGAUACCUCGGCGAUCAUGGAGGUCAUCAACAACGUCAUCGAGUCGUUUUCGCGUGAAAUCGAGGCCGUGGCCGCCGUGUCGGACCACAGCAUUGGCAUCGACAACAGCAGUAACAGCAGUACAUCCCCGCUUCCAAAAGACGACAGCUGCAGCCCCGGUCGCACACUGCCACAUCUUCCUUGUCUCAUCCCCAAAGCCAUUGCCUACCAUCGCCAGCAGCGACACCGACGCCGGCAUAAGCACCGUCCAGCCAUAUGUGCGUGA